AUACACCAUGCAUCUCCCAUCCCAUUCCAUAAGUUCUAAAGCUGCCAUUUUGGUUGAUAUUCGUCUGCCUGUGGUCUCUCUCUUCAUUUCCGGCGACAAAUCAUGGCCGCCGUUACGUUCACCGAGGAAUUCAGUAGCCCAAUCCCGGCUCCUAGGAUGUUCAAGGCUUUGAUUCUCGAGGGGGACAACCUCAUCCCCAAGAUCAUGCCCCAGGCUAUUAAGAACAUCGAAAUCAUUCAAGGAGACGGAGGCCCCGGGAGUAUCAGGCAGAUGAACUUCGCCGAAGGGAGUCAAUUGAAGCACUUAAAGCACAGGAUCGAUGUCCUGGACAAGGAGAAGAUGACAUACAGCUACACGAUGAUAGAGGGAAGCGACCUGACGGACAAGCUGGAGUCGAUCUCAUACGAGAUCAAAUUCGAGACUACACCUGAAGGGGGAUGCAAGGGGACGAAUGUCAGCAAGUACUAUCCAAAGCCCGGAGUCACGAUCAACGAGGAGGAGAUCAAGGCCGGGAAAGAGAAGGCCAUGGCUGUUUUCAAGGCUGUGGAAGCUUACCUCCUGGCCAACCCUAAGGCCUAUGCCUAAUAAAAGUGUGAUGCCAUGAGAGUUUCUAUAUCUGUUUGCAUGAUCAUCAGAUGUUUAUGAAUUAUAUGUAUGUGUUCAGGCGAUCAUAUGCCGCAGGAGAAUGAGAAUAAGAUUUCCCAAAUCAGUACUACAAUAAAUAUUAUGUUGCAUGAGUGAAACUUGAA